AUGUAUGUGUACAUUGGUGCUAAUCUAACUGAUGGCAUGUACCAAGGCAUUUAUGGUAACUCAAAGAAACAUGAGUCUGAUCUCGAUCAAGUCAUUAUUCGAGCAUUACAAGCUGGACUCGACAAAAUCAUCAUCACUGCUGGAACGCAUCAGGAAACAAUUCAAGCUUUAGAAUUAUGUGCAAAACAUGACAACUUGUUUACAACAUGUGGUUAUCACCCUACUCGAUGUAAUGAGUUCAAUGAUUCGAAUGAAAACGAAAUUCUGAAUCAAAUGAUGGCGUUGUUUCAGAAACAUCCGAAGAAAAUUGUUGCCAUCGGUGAAUUUGGUUUGGAUUAUGAACGAACGCAAUUUUGUGAUAUUGACCAACAGAAACGUUAUUUUGAAUUUCAGCUUAAACAUUUGAUCACGUUGAACAAACCACUAUUUCUUCACAAUCGAGCAGCAUCGAAAGAUCUCUACGAUAUCCUCCAUAAAUAUCGUGAUCAAAUUACAGCUGGCGGAGUAGUUCAUUCAUUCGAUGGUACGCUUGAGGAGGCAUUAAAAUUUAUUGAAUUAGGUUAUUUUAUUGGUAUAAAUGGAUGUUCCAUGAAAACACAGACUAACUUGGAUGUGAUCAAACAAUUACCAUUAGAAAAGAUUCUUGUCGAAACAGAUGCACCAUGGUGUGGUAUAAAACAGUCACAUGCUUCGUAUUCACAUGUUAAGACACAGUUCACAUCGGACAUGGUAAAAAAAGAAAAAUGGAUCGCAGGAAAAAUGAUCAAAGAUCGAAACGAACCGUGUACGAUUAUUCAAAUUUGUGAAGUUAUUCAUUCGAUUCGUGGUAAACAAGAAUCAUUCGAUGACUUAUGUGAAACGAUCUAUUUAAAUACACAACGAUUGUUUUUUUCUGCUGAAUGA